AUGUGCCCCGGAGUGGGCGACGGGCACAAGCAUGCUUGUUGUCAGGAGAUCUCUUUCACUCCACCUCCUGCCCUGGCUCGGCCAGGAGAUGAGGUUUCUGACAAGAUCCCCAUAGGCAUUUAUGCGACUCCCGAGGAGUUCGUGCAGCGAGCUCGUGCUCUUCAACACCCGAUGGCGGGUCCCAGCGUUGUCACGGACUCCUUCAAGAGAGCCCUGUUCGCUAACCUCACUAAAACCCCUGCCGAGGUUGCAAGCUUGAGAGCCUCCUUCCUUGAGCAUGUAACACAUUUGACGGAGAAGCUUCGCUCCGAUGAGGAGGCUCUACAUCGCUCUUUCUCUCCUGAGCUUCAGAAGGUUCUUAAAGGAAAACGACUUCUCCUCUUUAAGACCUUGCUGGAAGAGUACCGGUACGACGAUGUUGGGGUCUGGGAGAUGCUUCGGGACGGCCCUUCCUUGACUGGCACUCAGGACCAUCCUCCCUAUGCCGAUCGUAGUUUUCGCCCGGCAACAGUUAGCACCGAACAGCUGGAGCGUGAAUCUUCCUGGAGGCGGAAAUUUGUGACCUCCAAAACUUCUUCACCCCAGGAUGCUGCUACUCUGACUUCUCUUGGUGAAGGUGAGGUUUCGGCUGGAUUCAUUUCGGGACCAUAUCGAACAGCGGCCGAAGUUACUGAGGCUUUGGGAAGGCCCGACUGGAUUGCAACUCCACGCUUUGUUUUGCUUCAGGGCUCCAAGGCCAAGCCCCGGGUUAUCGACGAUUGCAAAUCUUCGGGUCUGAACUCAUCUUUCUCCUCCACGGAGCGCCUUCGUCUGCAAGACCUCGACUAUGUGGUGGCGAUGAUCAAGCUGGCUGGCAGGAUGUCGGGUCGGCACAAAAUUCGCAUGGAUCUUUCCACUGGUGAUGUGCUCUGUGGUGAUUGA